UCGGUUUUUCCUCGCACUGCUUGCGACCGUUUUGUGUGUCCGCGUCCGCGCUAGUUCGCGUCCUCCUUCGCCUCUCACCGACCAAAGUGCCGUUUGAUAGUCGCGAGUUUUCCGUCGUAUACGUCGUCAGCAAAAGCGCGAUCGUUGUUCUCUGCUGCGGCGCUGGCUACUCACCUCAGUCAUUUUCGUUCCACUUGCGUUUUCAAAACCUCGGCGACGACGAUCGUGAUCGGAUGCGUCAUUUUUCGACAUUUUUAUUUUGAUUUCCCAUCAUCAUAUUGUUGCUGGCUGGCAAUUUUCGGACUUGGAUGUGAGACUCCCCUCAAUAGCAGGUCAUUCGUUGGUCCAAUCGGACAGUGGUGCGUCGCGUUCGGUUCGGUGUUGUUUGGAAAGUGGCCCCGCCAGUGGCGGAUGGCUACCUGAGUUUUGUCGUCGUGGAACUGCAGCCCAGAAGUGCCUCCUUCGCGAAACCAGAAACGACGUGAACUUUGUGCCACGGUUGCAAACGACAGUUCUAGCAGUGCGAGAACCAAGGAAUUAAUGAAGAACGGCGGGUUUUAUUCUCCAGCUUGGAAGUGCCUUUUGUGGAAUGUUGCGUACGUGCGUGUCAGAGUGUUUUUAUUGUGAUUGCGAGAAUCCCGUCAAAGCCAGGUGCAUCGUUAGCAACAGAAGCAUCAAAUCAACCAACAGCUCGGUGGCCAAUCAACCCGGUAGUAGAGACACCGUGCCGAAUCCGCCACACGAAAUAUCUCUCGCGGCAAUGAAGCGUGUUCGCACCGUGAUUAGUCCAUGGAAAUAGUGCCCCGUCGAAAACAACCAAGUGUGUACCACUUCCCCGUGCACCUAUUUGAAAUGCAUGUUCGGUGAUAAAUUGUUCAGUGUUACACAUUUCAUCGAUAGCCGGGUGCGCAAAUAAGAAAACAGCACAAAUAGGCAGUGCAGCGAAAAUCAGUGCGUGAUCGGAUGUCAAUGUGGCGGCGCAGCGGCACGGAGUGCAAUUAUCGAUCAUUAAUGCCGAUUCUGCCGAAAAAAAAAACAACGACCAAAGUUUGAAUGAUAGUGAACAGAGAGCGAACCGCGUGCCCGCUCGUUGUUACUAGGAGUGUAACGUAAAGCAGAAAUAAGCAUAGGGCGGAGGGGCCAAAUUAAUGGUUUGAUGCUGGGAACACGUGAAGCGGCAAACCGGAAGUAAUAGCAGCCAGCAACACUACCGCCAAACAAGAACAAACAAGAUGCCGUUCAAACUGAAGCUGAAAAAAUCCCGACACUAUAAUGUCAUGUCCAAAAGUUUGUUCGUGAUUUCCGUCGACCAUCUAGAUUCAUCCACCAAAAUUGAUUGCACCCUCAGCUCGGAAAGCACCGGCCAAGAGUGUUUGGAGAAUGUCUGCCAACGGAUAUCGAUCAGCCAGCCGGAGUUCUUUGGUUUGCGAUAUGAGGUCAAGGGUAGCACUACCGGCGAAAUGCGAUGGGUUGACCUGGACCGGCCCAUCAGUCGACAGUUGGAAAAGUUCUCCGCCAACAUGAAGGUACUGUAUCUUCGGGUUAUGUAUUACGUUUUGUCCGGGGUCAGUUUGAUCCAGGACGAGGGUACGCGCAACUACUACUUUCUUCAGCUGAAACAUGAUGUGAUCGAAGGUAGAAUUAACUGUGAUCCAAAACAAGCGGUAAUUCUAGCAAACUACAGUCGUCAGGCCGAAUAUGGCAAUCAUCAGGACCGCCAUACGGUGGACUACCUCAAGACGCUGUUGUCGUUUCCGAAGGAGAUGAUCCAAGCGGAUUUACUGGAGACAUUAACUGAAGAGGUGAUACGACAAGCAUACGAGUUACAUAACGUAACGCAAGGAGCGGCAGAAAGCUUAUACAUUUCUGCGUGUCAGCAGUUAGAUGGAUACGGACAGGAAACGUUCGCAGCCAAAGACGAACACGCAGGGGAAGUGACGCUGGGAAUCUCAGUCUCGGGCAUAAUUGUGGCCAGCGAUUCGAAUAAGUUCUACCCUUGGCGUGAUAUAAAGAAUGUACUCAACCAUAAAAAGUAUUUCAACAUAGAAUGUUCAGAUGCCAGUGAGAAUGUGAGAUUUACGGUGACGGACUCGACGACUGGAUCUUACAUCUGGAGGCUAUGUGCAAUGCAGCAUCGGUUCUUUGCUCGGUUCGAGAAAAAUCAAACACAAGCGAGCCAGUUAAAUUUAAAUCUAUUCCAAAAUGAGCAUUUGAACGAUAGCAGAGACGACCUGCUGAAUGAAAGUCAGUAUCAGAUAUCCUCCUCGGCAAUGAGUCAUAUAAUGGGUUCAGCGAAUUGGAAGAGCAAUAAUGAGCUGGCUGCGCAUUCUGCGGCGAGUGUUUGGAACAACUCUGCACAUUCAAUGGGAAUGAUGGUAGAAUCCCAACCUUCACCGCUAGUAGCUUCAAAUGUCAAUAUCGGCAGUAUAGGUAACCUUAACAAUAAUAGUCUUAUGAACUCAAAUGCCAAUGUCAUGCAGUCAAGAUCGUCACUGCAAACAUCCACACUAGAUUUGAAUCUAAACUCAUCGUCGGUGCCAUUGGAAUGUUCGGUUCACAGUUCUAACUGGGCCAUAAAUCCAGCCGGUUCGAACGCAUCACUGAUCAAUCGUGCACAAAGCUCAUCCUGCCUAGAUUUAAGUAAUAAUAACGUAAGUCAAGAUCGGGAGCGACUCAAAGCGCUUUUACCGACAUAUCGGCCUGCUCCGGACUAUGAAACUGCCAUACAACAAAAGAUGCGGAGCAGUACCAACGACGUCCGUUUAAGUAACGGUAAUUUGUUGCAUUUGUCUGCUUCUCAAAUGUUGGCUCAAGAUCAUAACCAUUUGGAUUAUAACAUAACCGGAAGUCAGCCGGACGUCUCCUACUUCACCCAAUCGAUCCAACAUCAACCCACAAUUCACCAACAGCCAUACCCGGAUGUUACUCAUCACACAACGCCGCAUAUGAUCGGGCCACACUACUCGGACGCAUCGGAUUAUGGUCUCACACAUCGAUUCAAAAUGAUGAGAUUAGUAAAACCGCCUCCACCUUACCCGGCCAAUAGAUUGAGUUCUACGUCGACUCCUGAUUUAGCCUCUCAUCGUGCGCUUUUGGGGUACCGCGGUGCUCACGUCUCCGGAUCUAGUCCCGAUCUUGUAUCAACUCGUCCACUCAUGAACCAUGCUCAGCUUAUGCAACUAUCUCAAAACAACCAAAUUUUCUACCCGGGCGCCCAUCAGCUACGACACUCGCAAAAUAUCGUUCCGCACGGUACAUACGAGAAUCUAAACUUUGUUGAACCGACGAAACCCGGACUACAUCCCGCUGCCCGAGGUGGAAACGUUCUAUACUAUAUGCCAACCGAUGUUGAACACCUGCUCAUAACAGAUGGAACUCAAUUCCACAAUGGUGCCAUCGGAAUCAGCCCCAAAGCUCACUUGCAUCGGUCUUCCCAGCAUAUAAAUGGAUCGAUUGAACCCAUCUACGAAAAUGUACCUUUGCCUUGGAAAAACGAAAACGAAUCCAUAGGUGAAAUUCGUAACCGAACGUCCAGCGUGCAAUCUGCCCCGGGAGUGUCACGUGUUAGUCAAGAACCCCAAAUUGCCGUCGCUCAGCAACCUAAAUUUUGCGUUCCGGAGCAACACAUCGCCCCACCUCGUCAUCCAAAACCUGCCCCUGAAUCAACGGAAUACCUAAUAACCCAUCAAGAUCCCUUCACGAUCCCAUCAAACCAACCUCCUCCACCGCAAGCCAUACAACCGGUCGCGCAAAACCCCCCAACUCCAAUUUCUCACCAGGAAGUUAUCAACCGAUCCCACUCCACGAAUGUACUCGACUCGUCUGCGUAUUCCACCUUCGCUCCAGAUUCUACCAACUCGGUGACGCACAACUCCACCUCAAUCAUCUCCAAUUCCAAUCCUAAAUCCCACCGAUCCUACGAUCACUAUUCCCAGAAUGACUCCGGAAUUAGUUCCGUGACAGCUUCCUCCUCGCACGUGACCAAUCACAACCUGAGCGCGUCAAUCUCGACCACGUCGGGAAGCAGCUCGGUAAAGGAAACUAAGCGGCGAAGGUUCUGGGAUAUUCUUGGAGGUCGAUCGAAGAAUUCGUCAGACAAACAGAAAAGUGCCACCCUUGGGCGAGAAAAGGACAGGAAAAACAAGUCAGCAGCCGUGGCCACGGCAAGCGGAGGUAGUGCCAACAGUUCCAUGCACGAAGGCCAAAUUAAGCAUCGAUGGUCGACGGGGAUGCCCCGACAGCAGCCGCUGCCGUCCAACAUCAGCAAAGAGAAGUUGUGCUCACUACUGGAAACGAAACUCGCGGAUCCGCAGCUCUAUUGUGAAUUCGAGCGGAUACCGAAGCGGGUGGAAAAUUCCAAAUACGACUGUGCGCUGGCCGAUGAGAACAAGAACAAAAAUUUCGAUCCCAACUUCCUGCCGUUUGACAACAACCGCGUUCGGUUGACUCCGACGAGGGACAAUCGAAUGGGUUACGUGAACGCUUCGCAUAUAACUAGUACUGUUGGUAACAAGCAGAGGUUCUACAUCGUAGCCGAGAGUCCAAACGAUACGCUUACGACGAAUAUUUUCUGGCAGUGCGUCUGGGAGGCAGACGUGUAUCUACUGGUGCAGCUAUCGAGUGAACUGAACUAUAUCCCUCAGACUAGUGAGCGUUGUUUAGAAUAUGGGCAGUACCAAGUGUGGCGAGAGUUCUCACAAGAAACGGAUCGUUGCACCACCUCUAAGUUGCGUGUGUAUCAUACGCAGAGUCGACGCUAUAGAUCGGUGUGGCAUAUUUCGUACAGCGAGUGGGGUGAUCAGAAUUGUCCCAGCAAUGUGGGACAUUUCCUAGGUUUCCUAGAGGAACUCAACUCUGUUCGGUUGGCAUCGGUGGCCGAGGUACCGCCAUCACACAACACUAAUCCACCAGUGCUAAUUCACUGCAAUGAGGGCGGUGGUCGGACUGGAGUGACCCUAGUAGCUGAUCUACUCAUGUACACCCUGGAUCAUAAUCAGGACCUCGACAUCCCAAGGUUGAUCGGACAAAUACGACAGCAGCGGAACAACAUCAUACCAUCGCUAGCACAAUACAAGUUCAUUCAUGCCCUACUGAUUCAUUACCUGAAGCAAACACGACUCAUUUAGUAGAAGGAAAGUAAGGGAAUCACUUUUCGAAAAUAGUUAUUUAUUAACGCUUCACCUUACAACCAAGCUCAAGUAGUACGUCUACUGUGUAGUUUAUUUCCGUUUUAUUUUUCUUUUAUUUACGACUUUUUGAUAGAUUAGUCAUUUUAUGUUUUAUUUAAUUAUCCGGUAUUAUUGUGAAGUCAAAAGUAUUCUUCUAGUUAAUAUUUUAAACAAACGACUAAACUGUCUGAAAUGAAACGAAAUAGAAUGAGCUUGUGCCUUAUCGUUCUAUCCCUGGUUCGCGGGUUAGAGAACCCGAAAGCUGAAAUACAAAUAGCAGUCAAGAGCUAGGGGUCACACUAUUGUACAUAAGUCAUUUACGGCAAUUUUGCCAUUUUUAUAUGAGAACGAAUAACCAAGAAAAUGUUAAAGUUACGCGAAAAGAGUAUUUUAAUAAUUAAUUGCACUAUAACUGUGAAACAAAUCUAGUACUAACAAAUUUUAGGUGACUCAAAAUUAGGUUAAAAUGUAAAAGAACCUACUUAUGAAACGAACACAAAGACGUCUCAAUUUAUAACGAAACGAAGCAUACGUCCAAUAAAACUUCCCACUUGGAAGAAUUUACCGAUACCA